UAUUCCUCGGUUAUGUGCACGCUGUUCUUCAACAAAAAUUUCUUAUUUUCAUUCUGAUCUCCGAAGUGUAACAUUCAGGAAUAAACAAAGAUUCCUUGUUUGGAUUUUUGGUGACUAUCUUAACCAUUGAGGAUAAAAGACAUCUGUGGUUUCACUUCAAUAAAAUUCAUAUCAAUAGUAAUUAAGAAUCUGUAUUCAUUUUCACUGUGUUAACUAUGUUCCAAAUUGAAUGAUGUCUUUGCUCUGCUGUUGAAUGGGAAGAGAUUUUCAAUUUAAGGAUCAAAUUGAUGGAUCCAACAAAAAGCAAAGCUAAUUAUUCCCGGGUUUGUCAACUGUUGGUAGAUAAAGGAGGAGAUGCUUUGAGACUUGCUCUGCAUUCGGUGCAUCCACAUUCCUCCUUGGCCUCCGCAUUGAAUGCCAACAAGAAGAGCCUGCAGGGAAUACGAUACAAUAUAAUUAAAGCCCCGCAAUGGGAUCUACUCUUCCCAAUAUCUGGUGCACCAGAUUCAAACAACUUCGAUAUCACCUUACUGACUGUCCUACUUCGAAAUAUUUGUGGAUUGUCUCCACCAGCCACUGGGUGGAAUGUUAUGCCUCCAGUUAGCGAUACAUCUAUAUCAGCAAACAUUUUGAGAGUCAAAAUGUUCAGGAAUGAAGUGUAUGGUCAUAUUCCAACUGCAAGUUUGGACGACACAACGUUUGAAAAAUUGUGGCAAGAAAUUUCGGCACCGUUGGUCAACUUGGGAAUUCCUCAAAAGGAUAUUGAUGAAUUGAAAGUGACUCCUCUUAGCUCUGAAGAAGAAAGUUAUAUUGAAAUCUUGAAAGAAUGGAAACAACAAGACGAUGACUUGAAAUCAGAAUUAAGUGAUGUUAGGAGUGAAGUAGUCAAGCUAAAAAAAACAGUAGAUGAGAAUGUUCAUCACUCAACUGUCGAGAAACUCGCUAAAUUCGACUUUACUGGAAAGAUUGACGACCUUUGUAAAAAAUUCCAUGAAAAAACUAGAAAAUGGUUGUUUGAUAAACUCUCAAGUUGGUUUGUGAGUAAAGAAACCAGGGUUAUGAUCCUAACUGCAGGUCCAGGCGCUGGAAAAAGUGUUUUGUCUGGAAAGAUCUCUGAGCUGUAUAGAGAACGUGGCCAACUCGCUGCUCACCAUUUCUGCGACUUUCGAAAUUCUGAUUACAGCAAUCCUCACAGAAUCCUCCAGUCCCUUGCGAGCCAAAUGUGUGAUAAUGUUGAUGGAUUCCAUGAUAAACUGACCGAAAUCCUUCGUCGUGAACAUUCUUGGGACACACUGUCAGACGCAUUUCGUGUUCUUUUAAACGAUCCACUACAUGGUCUUUGCAGACACGAUCCAAUGUUGAUCAUUGUUGAUGCCUUUGACGAGAGCAGAACUGAAAUGAAGAGCGAAUUCUUGGAGUUGAUAUCUGAGAAUUUUUCUGAACUGCCUGAGUGGAUUAAGAUCUUCAUUUCGAGCAGGCCGGAGCUACAAGUACGGAAGGUUCUUCAACAUUUACAGCCGUUAGAAAUCCAUCCUGAUGAUGAAGAUCACAAUCAAGAUAUUGAGCUUUUUAUUCGUGGUGACUUACCUAAUCUUGAUGAUGAUGGCGUAAGGUCAGUUAUUUCGAAGUGUGAGGGAUCGUUUUUGUACGCUUAUCACUUAGUUCAUGAAUUAAGAGAAAAGGGCUUGGGAAUUGAACCCGACUUAAGUGAUUGCAUCCCCAAUGGUAUUGCCGGAUAUUACGAAAAACAGUUCAAACGUUUGAAAAGCCGCCUCCACCGUUUAAAGCAAGAUACCUUUUCAUCUAUCUUAAAUAGUUUUAGCAAUGUUAUUGCCGCCGCAUUCGUGCCUCUCCCACUGAAAAUUCUUUUUACAUGCAUGGAUCUGCCCUGGGAAGAAUUUGAAAUACGCACGGCGAUUAUUGACAUUAUGUCAGAAAUUCUUCCAGUUUAUGAUGGUUGCCUGACUCUUUAUCAUAAGUCAUUAUGGGAUUGGAUGACGUUGAAUGGGUAUGAGGAACAUGCGUUUGUUGCAGAUGUUAAAGACGGAGAUAGACGUCUUUGGCGUGCUUGUGAGAAGGAAUUCUGUGAGAUAGAAUCUUUAAAGUCCGUUUUAGAAUUUCAAAUUUCACCCGAGAAUGAGUACGCUUUGAAAAAUGGUGUGAAAUAUUUGAUGAAAACAGGUAAGGUGGAGGAAUUUCACUGGUUGGUGCAUGUUGGCGUAAACUAUUUAAGACUAAAAUUUUGCGAUCGCGAUCGCAACACCGAUAUUGAUUUGAACCAAAUCCUUGACACUUAUAAUAGUAAUCUUUCCAAAGAUAUUUAUUACGGCAUAAUUCAACUGCAUUGCCUCUUAGAAAAGUUAAGAAGAGUGUAUUUAAUGGCAGAAAGCCCUCCAGCAAAUUGUGACGAUUAUUUGAAAGAUCUUGCAAACAGAUAUUUUGAUUUUUCACAAAAUAAUUUCUGUCGUAAAAAUGUUGCUAGAAAUAUCUUGGAUACAGUAAAUGAGAUUUGGAUGGAGCGUGUGACAAACGAAGAGAAUCAUAAUUUAAAUCAUUUCCCCCGUGCCUUGUUAGAUAAUUCUAUUAUUAUUACCAGUUCUCUGUCACCGGACAAUACGAUGUUUGCCCUCUUUCAUAAUCAAACAUGGACAGUGCAAGUGCUUAAAAUACCAAGCCUCGCAACUCUUUUCAAGAUAGAAGUAGAUGCGAUACACGUUGAUAUUGACCACUUUUUUGUCUUUUCUCCUGAUUCCUCCUAUAUUUUAUGCAAUUCAAUUCGGUCAUGCAUCCUUGUUAAAGAACAAAAGAAGUACCCUUCAUUGCACACGGCCCCGACGAGAUUUAUAGUUGUUCUUUUUCUUCCUGUGGAAUGAAACUUGCUACAUUAGGGCCGGAAUUCAUCCAAGUGUGGGAUGUAAUGCGGAAAACCAUAUUAGCAGAAGUUUAC